GCUGCGGGGCCGGGCCGGCGCGAUGCGGCUGCUGCUCGUGGCCUGCCUGCGGCCGCGGACCGGCAACGCCACCACGGCGGCCCGGAUCCGGGAUCAUCUAGAGGCCGCAGGUCAUACAUGCAUUCUUAAAGAUGCUUUUCGUUAUGAAGGCCCAUCUGAAAUAGCAAAUUUAAUCUCUGCAGAGAAGUAUGAAGCAGCCCUGGCCAUUCAUCUUUAUAAAGGAGGCAGACUUCUGCAAGGUAGUAGCAUCCCAUUUGGAAUCAUCUUUGGUGGGACUGACAUAAAUGAAGAUAUCAAACAUGAAGAGAAACACCGGGUGAUGGGGGCAGUGCUAGAAGAAGCUAGGUUUGCAGUGGCUUUCACAGAGAAAAUGAAGGAAAUGGCAGAAAGAGAGUGGCCUUAUGCUGGGAACAAAAUAUGUGUCCAGACUCAAGGCAUUAUGACCACACCCAGUACAACGUUUAACUGGAAAAGAUUUCUACAAAAUGCAGGAAUUCCUCAAGAUACAGACAAUUUAUGCCUCUUUAUUUUGAUAUGCGGACUUAGAAGAAUCAAAGAUCCUCUUUAUUUAGUAGAUGUAUUUUCAGAGUGGCACAGAAAGGAGCCCAAUGUCCACCUGGCUAUAAUUGGACCUACAGUUGACCCACUCUUUGUAAGCGAAGUCAAAGAAAAGAUUAAAAGGUCACCUGGGGUGCAUUUAUUACAGGAGAUACCUCAAGAUGAUCUGCAUGCUGCUGUGAAAAGAUGCUUUGCCGUGGUGAACAGCUCCAUUUCGGAGGGGAUGUCUGCUGCAGUCCUGGAGGCAAUGGAUUUAGACGUUCCAGUGCUGGCAAGGAAUAUUCCUGGAAACGCAGCCAUCAUAAAACAUAAAGACACAGGACUGUUGUUUGCAGAUCCCCAGGAGUUUGUCCUCCUGUCAAAAAGUCUGAUGAAUGACCCCACUUUGGAAAAAAAGAUUGUAACCAGGGCAAAAGACUAUGUGAAGAAACAUCAUUCGUGGGAAUGUGAAAGAAAGACCUAUCAAAGCCUCAUCUUGAGACUCCAGUGAAUCAUCAGAUAGCAAAUGUAGACAUUUGUUCUGUGUCAAAUACUUCAAUAAUGAAAGAGUCAGAUAUUUUUAAAAGGAAAAAAAAAACCCUUUGUGGACAAAGUUUGCCACUCAAACACACCCACUUCACAACAUGGGAAUUGCCAGGUUGCAUCACACCAACAGUCCCGACAAUUUGCCAUCCUACUUCUAGUUGGCAGUAGUAAUAAGGGAAAGAUUUAAUUUUGUCAGAUCAUAAAGGGAAAAUUAAUUCCCUUUUCACAGGGGAGAAUUUCACCCAUAUUGGACUCAUGCAAACUCAGUUACUGCUGUAGCCUAACAAAGCUAAAGUAGAUUAAUUCAGUUGGAGAGUACAUACUAAUCCAAAUUUAUUCAAAUGCACGUCAAUGAUGUAUGUACAAACGUUGGAAGAAUUGUUGCUGUCAUCUGACCAAACAUAUAGAUCCACUAAGCAUAUGUUAACCAGGUUGACCUGGUAUAAGAUCAUAAACGGAGAAGAUCUUUUCAGGAAGAGUUAAUCAUAUUACUGCCACAUUAGUAUUUCAUAGACAUGCCUGUCCGUGGGCUGAUGAAGACACCAGAUGUUGAUGCGAUGGAAUGACUAUUUGGUGUUCAUAUAUUCUGUUCAUAAAAGCUACCUCCAAGAUACUGAAUAAGAGUACCUCAAUAGCUCAUAUACUUACUUAAAGAUGUGCGUAGGCUGUAAAAAGGACAAAAAAAAGGUAAUUUAUAUUUGGUACGUAAUUUGGUGCAAUUUUGUCAUCUGUGAAUCUCAGACAUGACUGUAAACAUAAUGUAACAACAGAUUGUAUUUUAUGAAGGGCUAUUUACGCUCCCAUGAAACUCCCACUGAUCACUAUUGAUUGCUUAACAGCUAAGAAAUAUCCUUGUUUUCCACAACAGGCCUACUCCAGCCUCUGUCAAAGGCAGAGGGGGUUUUUUAACUGACUUCAAGGGGCUUCAGAUCAGGUCUGACUUUUAUCAGCGACUCUUACUAUGAAUAUCGGCUUGCCUUUUUACCUCUUGGAUACAUCAUAAAUAUUUUGUCGGCGAUUCUGAAGAAGAAAGACUUUUUGAUAGCCUCCAUUCCUCUCUCCGAAAUCUUUUGUAAUUUCCUAUUGUAAAAUAUUCUGGGUGAUUUGAUUCAUUUGGUACUGUCCUAAAACCAUGUGAUGUAUUAUAGACCAAAAAUUGC